AUGACAUGCACGCUGCAGUUCUCAGAUGCGCUGGGAUCAGCCUUUGCUGAAUUUUGCAAAAAGAUGCACGACAACAAACGCGUGCGGAACCUUCAGUUUAGAAAACACCGAUUCGACAGCUGUCAGAGACCCACUGGCAGAUUUGUCCUCUAUGCCAAAGCCUUCAUCUCCACGGCAAUCUUUGCAUCAACACAUAGGAAGGGCGAACGAGACGGCACGAGGGCAGAGCAAUUCCUGCAAUACAUCAGCGAAAAGCGUUUGCUGUUGUUGUCGAUGCUGGCUGAUGCCAGUGAUGAAGUUAGCAUCCUGGAAAUGCGCGCAUGGGUAGCCUUGCUCACACACACCGUGGAGGCAGAGUUUCCAGGCUUUAGCCUGAUGUGUGCCAUGAGCAUCUUCAACUUGAACGCCCGAAGUCGUGAUUCCGAGGAUUCUACGACUGAGACGGCUUUCAUUGCCAGACGGCGGGCGGCGGUGGCAAGUGCAGGCUCAAAGUCUUUAUCGGAUGUCAAAGAGCGAGCAGCUUGCGCAGCUUCAGACCUGAUUGAUGCGUCAGAAUCCAUCCAGCAGGAAAUUACCUUCCAACAACAGAAGCAGUUCAAGAACAAGAUUCAAGGGUUCUUGGACGGGGUAUUGCUGCAAAGUGAGAUUCCCGAAGACAUGCAGGAAACUGCGCAGGCUUUCCUAGAAGCCCAAGAUUUGGCUGACAAGAAGAGAGAUCGAACAAAAUUGAAUCAAUGUGAGAAACUUAGUCGAUCCACGCCUCAGAUCCAGAGCGUUCACAAGGUUUGGGUGCAGGACGAAGCAUGGGCUGAAGACUUCAAGAGGUUCAUCUACACAGCCGAGGAGGCCAAGGCUUUGGAAAUGGUGCAGGAGGUGAACGGCGAACACCUUCAGAAGCUGGAGGAUUCCAUCCAGACGAUUCUGAGCCAUCCUCUCUUCAGCAACAUCAUGCACGAGAGCCCGCUCAAGAUCGACAAGACAGCUGGUGCCAGCGAAGCCGGCAUGCAGGCACCAUGGGACCCGGCCGAGCACGAGUCAGCGCUUACAACUGCGGGAACCUAUGUGUCAGCAGGAAACCUGUUCUGGUGCAACCUGAGGGUUUUGAACAGCCCAUCUGUUCCUGUCUCGGCAAAAAGCAUAGAGCUCCAGUUCAAUUACUUUGAGGCGACUGGUCCAGAGAAGCUUCGGGAGGAGGUGGUCAUUGCACUUGAGCAAGGUGUUGGGGUGGAUCAAUUCCAGCGGCAGCAGGUGCAGGGCAGGCUUCGCCGAAUCUCUCCCGAAGAACUGGACCAUUCAUUGAUUAUGUACAUCGCAGACUUGAUCAAAGAGGGUCAUGAUGAUGCCAAACUUCAGCAAUGGAAGCAAGUGCUACUUAGUGUGUCCAUGCGCGUGGAGCUUGUGGAUAGCUAUGAGGCCAUGUUUUGGAAGGGCAUCAACUUGAGGCAACGCUACAUCAGCACCUAUGACAGUUUGACAAGGUCAACCAUCCAGUCAGUGCUAGAGCUUGUGAAGUUCUGUGAUGAGCUCUUACCUGCUGGAUCAAGGAAGGAAAUCGCUGAUCAUUGGCAAAUGAAGGUAGCAGACCUUGGAAGCGCCCUUGUCGACAAGAUGGACUUUGCCUUCGUUGACACCGCCCUCAAAGGGCACGACAGGAUGCUAUGCUACCCAGCUGUCUUCAAGGCAAUCAUGGAGAUGGACAUGGCCUUUGGAAAAGCGUCCUGUCUCAAUUACCUCAGGGUUCUUGAGCUCAUUUGCAUGAAGGGCAAGGAGGCUGAGCAGCUUUGGAUGAUCCAGUCCAUCAGGGACUACAUCUUUGUAUUGAAGGAGUACACGAACAAGGACCUCUCCACGAGAGCUCUGCAAGGUUCACCCAACAACCGCGGGCUGCUUGAUGUUUUCCUAGCCAAACGGAAGAUGGUGCUUUGGCUUCUCGAGCACUUACAGUCUAAGAAUUGCCCAUGUGAUUGGAUCGAUACCCUCCGGAGUCUCAUUACCCAUGCAGCUUUUCGUGAAAAGGUUGGCUCAGGCUCUGGUUCUCGCAAUGCAGAUCAGCCUGACAAAUCGUGGCUGGGAACAGAACAUGAAGUUGUUCGAUUGGCUGUGGACAUCAUGAAGGCAAGGUCCCACAUCCAAUCCAAACCCUUAGGUUUACUUCCCUUUUGGCAUAUCAGCUUCUUGGUGUUCUUUGAUUAUUAUAAUCAUUGGUUGAUUGUCAGUUUCUUUCAUCGAGCCCCCUGCCAGAAAGCGAUCUUCAGCGCCCAGCACGAUCACACCCUCAAGAACAUCUUGAAAGGAUCCUCAGCGCCUCCGGACAUCUUUGCCAAGGAGCCCUACAAUGAGAUGCUCAAGGGGGUUGAUGACGCACUUGAUGCUGUAAACCACAAGUUGAAGAGGAAGGACGAAGAAGUCCAAGAGGCGAAAGUUCAUGAUGAUGACCUAGUUGCCUUCUUGCCAGAGGUGGAGCAAUGCCCUGAGGAGCUUGAGCAAGCCUUUCAGGCUGAAAUUCAAGAGGCAGCAGAGCUGGUUGACCGAUUUGCGAAGUGGAUCCCUGAAUGUGAGAGCAAAGCCGAGCUUACACAGGCACUUGCAGACACAGCUGUUGCCAAGAAGCAGCCUGAGGGCACAACAGCACUCAUAGCGCUGGACACGAAGACCUGUGGAGAAUCGUCUUCGCAACCGCACUUGAGGCUUCCUCAAUUUCGAGCUCCAGGUCUCAGGAACGCAGUGCAAUCAUUCUGCGCAGCUCGAAACAAAGAGCAGUUUGAUGAGGAUGAGAUAUGUGCAGUUCUUGAUGGCUCCCGAAUGAUUUCAACCUCAAUUAUGACAUGCUUUGUCCGCGAUGAUGGGUGCCACUUCGAAGGGAAGACCAGGACAGAAUUCGUGAUACAUUACGAUGAAAAAAGCAUGCGAGCGCGAAAGAUGGUGAGCCGUGGGCUUGUGCAGGUGCACGAAGGGUUGCACGUGUUCAGCAAUGGAGCAUUGUCAUUGCCAGAGCCACGUACAAGACUCUACGGGGGCUCCAAUUAUUCGACAUCCAUUGGACCAGUCAUCAUGGACAGCUUUGAAAAUCUAUGGUUGGUAUCACCAGAAAAGAAAAAGGAAUAUGAGGCGGGAAAAGCGAAAGUGCUCGCUGGCGGCGGCCUUGCAGGUGAUCCGCCAAAAAAAACGGAAUUGUCCGGUGAGCCGAUGUCAUUUCACACCAUGCCUUUGAAAUUCUACAAGGAGCUCAUUCACUCCUUCUGCGCUGGAGUGGUCUUCUUCCUUUCCGAUACUGACGGGGUUGGAGCCCUGGCUGCCAUUCUUGCAAAAGUUCCCUGUGUGGCUUUGGUGUACAGCGCCUCGCAUGGAGCUGCUUUGCGGAUGAAGCUGAUGGAGCAUGUGUUCAAGGAGUUCCAAACACAAAGCUCGCCACUUCACCGGGUGGCCCUGACACUUGAAUCCAACAAGGGUUUUCCGUCUCAAGAGUUCAAUGUGUUAUCGCGGUGCUGUGCAAGCGCCAGUGUUUUGAGCAAUUAA